CCGUUUCGUUGCUGCAGCUGGUUUGCUUUCAUUCCGCAAUGCGCCUUUUGGCACUUUCUUCACUUCUCAUACUCGCCAUUGGCACAAGCGCAGACCCUUCUGCUGGCUCGUCGCUGUACCCGCCUGGUCUCCUGCCGUUAAUCAACCGGGCUAAUACCCUUCUCUCCUCCGGUCAGUUUGGUGAAGCUGCAAAGACUUACUCAGAAGCAAUAGAAUUAUCUCCAGUUGACUAUGUCUUAUAUUAUAAGCGUGCAACUGCCUACUUCUCUUCCAACAGACACUCUAAUGCUUUAGAGGACUUUGACAAAGUGCUGUCGCUGACAUCUGAUACCUUCGAUAACGCAUUCUUAAUGAAAGCCAAAAUACAUACCAAGGAAGGCAACUGGCAAGCUGCCCGUGAUGCAUUGCAACGUUACUCUACCAAGGUCAAGGAUGAUCCUUCUGCCUCCUCACUACAAGCAGAUAUCUCUGAAGGGGAGAGUGCUUCACAAAAAACGGUGAACAUGCGACGAGCCCAACUUUGGACAGCUUGUUCAGAGGCAGCGACACAGGUUUUGAGAAUUGCAUCACACUCCAUUGAUAUACGACAGCAUCGAGCCGAGUGUAACCUUGCGGCGGGGGAAAUCGAAGGUGCCGUGCUUGACUUGAGCCGGCUCACUCAUCUCACCACUACCUCCACUACUUCACUCAUGCGCAUAUUCCGCCUGUCUUAUUUUUAUCUUCCUCCACCUACAUUUUCUUCGCCUACCUCCGCACUUUCUACUCUGAAGCAGUGUCUCCACCUGGACCCAGACUCCAAACAGUGUCUUCCGGCGCAUCGAUUGAUUAAAUCAUUUGAUAAAACGUUUGCGAAACUCGAAAAGCUGACCGCCGCGGAAGACUGGAGAGGUAUUAUUAGUCUUCUCGUCGGUUCAGGUAGCAAUAAGAGCAACUUCCUGGGCGACGGCUUUGCACGCAAAUUCGAGGAUGCCCUCGAAGCCAAUUCAGCGAAGGAACAACUCCUAGACAUGUCACGCCCAUCUUCUGCUUCUAUAUUGCUUCCAGUCGGUGCUAAAGUGAGUCCUCGCCGAAAAGAAAUUUUGCGAGCGGUUUGUAGUGCAUACGUGAAGAUCGGGUCGGUUCGUAAAGCGGAGCCAUGGUGUGACGCUUUGCUUGGUAUGGAUGGUGCAGAUAACGAUGCAGAUGGUUUAGCCGGUAAAGGAGAAGCCUUGCUAGCUAGAGAAGAAUGGGAGGAGGCUGUCAGGACAUUUGAGAGAGCAUUUGAAGCGAGUGGGAGGAGUAGUCGAGAAAUCCUUUCGAAGCUGCAGAAAGCUCAAAGAUUGCUGAAGCAAUCAAAACAAAAAGAUUACUAUAAGGUUUUGGGAGUUGCGCGAGAUGCAGACCAGCAGACUAUUAAGAAGGCUUACCGUAAGGCAGCUAUUAAAGCUCAUCCAGACAAAGGAGGAAGCGAGACGAAGAUGGCAACGGUCAAUGAAGCAUAUGAAGUGCUAUCUAAACCAGAGCUCCGCCAACGCUUUGACAAUGGUGACGAUCCUAACGAUCCGAUGUCUCAAGGCGGUGGAAAUCCGUUUGGCGGAGGUUUUGCUGAUAGCCCGUUCUCACACUUUUUCCAACAAGGACACAGUGGUGGCGGGGGUGGUGGCGGGGGUGGCGGAUUCCAGUUUUCCUGGGGACGCGGACGGUGAGAAUUGCUCUCACGAACGUAGGAAUGUGGACAGGAAAGUUGCGUGGUUGGUAUCAUCUAUCCUGUUGUACUUGUGGGGUUAUUUUUUCGGCGAUACUUACCUUUCUGGAUAUGUUGUAUGUUCGCUGUGGACAAACUUACACGAUCCGUGAUACUAUUGUACAUAUAAUAGGAAUGGCUACCAAUCAAGACGUGCAGAACAG